AGCUAAGGAGGCAGCUGCAGCUGCCACAGCAGCAGUCCUUCGUACAACAACAGUGGCCCCCACAAGUACCCCAACACUGGAACAAAGAACAACUGCCACAGUGACAGCAGCAGCAGUUUCUGCAGCAGCAGCAGCAGCAUCGUCAGCAGCAGCAGCGGCGGCAGCCACCUCAACGGCCGUUGGAGCAACAACAUCCCCAAUUGCAGAAAGAGCAAUGAUCGCUGCAAUGAAGGCAGCCAGAAUUGCCACAUUUGUGUCAACAGGAGAAGCACAACCGGCACUGGCAGCAGAGGCAGCAACGGAAGCUGUCGAAGCUGCCAAAGCAGCAGCGACAGCAGCAGUAGAAGAAGCAAAAACAGCACCAGUAUCAGUAGUAGAGGCAGUUGCACGAUUAGCAAAUGCAUCAUCAAUAGCAGCAAAGGCUGCUGAAGAAGCAGCAACAGCAGCAACAAAUGCAGCAGCAGGUAAACCAACAGCAAUCACAGAAGCUGCAGCAGCUGCAGACACAGUGGCUAAAAAAUCAGUUGAAGUGGCAGAAAUAUUAAAAACAGAAUUACCAUCCUUCAGUGGGCCAGCAGCUAUAUCAAUAUCAGCAGCACAAGCAGUGGCAGAAAUAGCUAGAGCAACAGCACUGACAGCAUCAACAGCAACUGGAACAACAACAUCAGAGGAAGUCGCAGCAUUAAUGGCAGAGGCAGCAAAGGCAACAGCAAGAUCUUCAUUGGGAGCAGCACUCGCUGCAAAAGCUGCGCUCCCAAAUGGAGGUACCAGUCAAGUGCCAGCAACAACACCAUCAAGUGAAACAACACCACCAGUCACACAGAGUCCUAAAACAACAGCAGCAGUGUCAACAUCCUCAGCAGCAGCAGCAGCAGCAACAGCAUUAGCAGCCUCAACAGCAGCAGCCGCUGGAGCGCCGCCAUCCAAGGAAGUACAAACUGCAGUACAAGCUGCUAAAGCAGCAGCUAGAGAUGCCACAAUGGCAGCGGCAGGAGAAAUACCAGCAACAGUUGCAGCACUAUCAGCUAGAAAAGCAGCAGAUGCAGCAGAAGCUGCAGCAGAAGCAGCGGCAAAAGAAGCAAAUUCCCCACAGUCCUCAGCAAUAGCAGAGGCAGCAAAUAAAGCUGCAGUAGCAGCAAGAAAAGCAGCAGAUGCAGCAACAAUGGCAGCAAAAACACUGACACCAGAGGCAGUAACGGCAACUGCAGAAGCUGCAGACAGUUUGUCAGCCGCGGCAAAUGGAGCAUUAGAGGCAUUAUCGGCAGUCACAGAGGAGGAAGCAGCCAAACUGACAGAAGCAACACGUUCAGCAAUAGACGUAGCAGAAACAGUGGCAGAUAUGGCAGCAGCAACAGGAAUCACAGCAAAAACAGUUGCAGAAGCUGCAGCAGCAAACAACACCGAAAUAAUGACAGCAACGGCACAAGCGUCAGCAAGAGCCGCAACAGCCGCAGCAAACGCAGCAGCUAGAGUAGUGCCAGAGUCAUCUCAAGGGACAGACACAAUGCCAACACCAACUACCAUAAAAGUCACGGUGACCGGAACACCAAAUGGUAAUCCAUCAGCACUAGUGACACCCGUAACAAUGGUAACAACCACAGCUCUAGGAACAGCUGAAGCAAGGCAAGCAGUGGUGGUCGGGUUGACAUCGGGGGCAGCGGCAGCAGCGGCCGCAGCCUCAACAGCAGCAUUGGCUGCUGGACCAGAAGCAAGAGAAGCGGCAGAAAAAGCAUUCAACGCUGCAAAAGUAGCAGCACUGGCAGCCACGGAACUUGCAGCAGGUAAAAUAACAGAAGAGGAGGCAGCUGAUGCAGCAAGAAAAGCAUCUAAAGCAGCAGACGCAGCAUCAUUAGCAGCAAUACAAGCAGCAUCGGUAGCAUCACCGGGAACAUCAGCAACAAAUGCAGCAAAAGUGGCAGCUUCGGCAGUAAAAUCAGCAGAAGCUGCAAAAAAAGCAGCGAACGCAGCAACAGCGGCAGCAGCAGCACCUUCAAAUUCAGUGCUAGAAAUACUUUCAGAGGCUGCAGCAGCUGCCAAAAUCUUGGAAGAAGAUUUAGGAAAUGUAGCAGGAGAAUUAGAGGAACUGUUGAACACCGCAGACUUAACGGACGAUGAGCGUGCAUCAGUCGCAGAGGCACAAGCAGUUGCAGAGAUUGCACACGCAACAGCAAUGGCAACAGAAGCAGCAGUGGAUGCCGCAUCAGCAGCAGGCGCAGAAAAUGCAGCAGACUUAGCCGGACUAAUCGCAUCAACAGCUGAGGCAGCAGCAGCAGGAGGAACAGCUGCAGCAGCGGCAGCAGGCGCGGCGGUGGCAAAAGUUCCCUCUGGCAACACAUCGACAGGAACAGCAACAACAGCAGCAGCCGGAACCACGUCAUCAGGAGGCGGCUCCGGAUCAGCAACAACAGCAGCUGCUGUCAACAACCAUAUCAGUCUUCUUUCUGUCACAGUGGCCAUCAUAGCUGCGGUGCUUCUGUAAAGAAGCAACAAAAAACAUCAGCAUAUCAUGAUUGAUGGACUCGCAGUUUGCCUGAUGAAUACAAAGAUAUACUUUGGGUACAGAAUUUUAAUAAUUGCUUUAACUAAUCAAUAACAGUUGAAAUUUGAUAUUUAAUCUUUCAAAUAGGUGUAAUUAUUAAAUUAUUCUAUUUAUUAUCCUAUUUAUUGUGU